CUAGCGGUUUGCAGCACAUUGACAUUCCGAUACCAACGCUGGCUGUGCAAACGCCUUGGAAAAUGCUGGCAGCUCCGGUUUCCAGCCUGCUGCUCCCUGUUGCUAUGCUUGUUCUUAUGUGGCCAUCACAGAAGCUUUCUGAAGCCUGCAGUUGCUCACCAGUGCACCCUCAACAGGCCUUUUGUAACGCAGAUAUAGUUAUUCGAGCCAAAGCCAUUACUGGAAAAGAGGUGGACAGUGGAAAUGAUGUCUAUGGAAAUCCCAUAAAAAGGAUCCAAUAUGAGAUCAAACAGAUAAAGAUGUUUAAGGGACCCGAUAAGGAUAUAGAAUUUAUCUACACUGCUCCAUCAUCAGCAGUGUGCGGGGUGACACUGGAAAUUGCUGGAAAGAAGGAAUAUCUGAUUGCAGGUAAAGCAGAUGGUGAUGGAAAGAUGCACGUAACCCUCUGUGACUUUAUUGUGCCAUGGGAUUCUCUUAGCCCAACUCAGAAAAAGAGUCUCAAUCAGCGGUAUGAAAUGGGCUGCGAGUGUAAGAUAUCCCGUUGCCCCUCCAUUCCCUGCCUUGUCUCCUCUCAGGAUGAGUGCCUCUGGACAGACUGGGUGACUGAGAAGAACAUAAACGGACGACAGGCAAAACACUACGCUUGCAUAAAACGCACUGACGGCUCCUGUUCCUGGUAUCGGGGGGUUGCACCUCCAAAGCAGGAGUUCCUUGACAUUGAGGAUCCCUAGAAUCCAAGCUUCCUGAUCCCAGACAUAACUAUUGAGGGGCCAGCCCAGGAGGAAAGGAACCCAACAUGUUUGUAUAGUCCUGUCUGGGCAUCAUUUCCUGCAAAUGUUGUGGCUGGAAGGAAAAGUGACAUUGUAAGCCCCAUGUGGGACAAGAGUUUAACCCCUUCAGUGCUGGGCCACUUGCAGCAUUGAAAGGAUUAAAUCGUUCAAAGAUGGCUGCGGACUUGCCCCAACCAGCCCUCUGCUUAAAAUUCUCUCAUUUAGCUUCUGUUAAGCCCUAUUUGUAAGUAUAUCCCUUAAUCUGUGUAGCUGGUCUACAGCCCUUCUCUCUUACUGAUAUGGGUUCCAUUGUAAUCUCUCACCCCAUUUAGCCUGUUUGUAUUUGUUGAAGCUAUUCAUCCCUUGUAUGGGGGGAGAGUGGCGUUUCAUUCCUAACCCCCUUAACGCAGGAUUUUCUCUUCCGCAUUCUCUCAUUAGAAUGUGUAUUUAAAUUACUUAUCUAUAUUGUAUAGCUCUCUCUAGCACUGGUUUUCACAUAGUUAUCCCAGCUAGCUGACAGCAACUAAUUUCUAAGCUUACUUCCAUGCCUGGCGUCCUUUAUAAUAGCCAGAAAGAGGCUUGUCUUAGAAACAGCAAUGGACGCUGGCCUUAAAAGGGACCCCGUCUGAAAACCACUGCUCUAAAGAUAUAUUUAUCAGCUUCAUGCUCCAGUCCUGGAGCUGAGAAUGCCUAUACUUAUACCUGUUCCUUCCACUCUUUAUGUUUUCUAACACAAUCUACCACAUUUUAUAGACGCGGGUCCUAAAUUGCAGCAUAUUCAGCAGUGACAGUUGCCUAAUGGCAACUCCGUACAAAGAUAGGUAGGGUGCCCACAUUUUUGCUGGUUACUAGAAUAAUCUUGAAUGCAUUCAGAUAAGAAUCUAGUGCAAAGAUACAUUUUACAGGAACCCCGCAUAUACAUAAUACUCAACUCCUGGCUGUAUGCAACACACUGAACCCUGGUAUAGGUUGCUGGCAUCAACUAGAAUAGCAGCUCAGUACUUAGUAACAUAUCCAGUGCUCCUGUUUUAAGCCCGCCUUUUCCAUGCUGUACUUUACUUUGUAUUGUAUUUUAAGCUGCACAACAGUCGGUGUGCAAACAUUAACAAUGGUAUAGCACACACAAAGAGAGGUGUAUACCAGUGUCUAAAUCAUAUAAAGAAAUCUUGUAAACCACUGGAAAGGCUAUUAUAAUAUCCCUGCAAUGGUUUCCAGUACAGUGUGUUACCCUUGACAUCCUUGUACCAACAAAAUGCUAUCAUUCACAAUACUGCUACUUGUAGAGUCCUUGCUUGGUAAGUAUAAACUGUGUAUUUAUCUGCUGCCAGUAUUAAUUUAAAGCUUAGACUUUUUUUGAAGCAUAAACCUAAAUAUUACUAUGACUUGCAGACAGUGGAAGGAAACUGCAUGUUCUGCUAUUUGCACAUCUUCAGGCAUUUGAUGAUUGAAAGAUCUGUACAGUAUGUGAACGGUUUAAUCUAUGGCAUUAAAUGAUAUUAUCUGCCACAAA